AUGACCAAUCAGAAUGCCAGAGAGUUUGAGGAUUCUCUGUUGUCUCGCUCAAGUAACGUAUUGCAUGAAACAGUGAAAACCAACUUCAAUAAGACUGCUUCUGGGAAGAUAUACGAAAAAGAAUUGAAGGAUAUCUUCUGUAUAAUGAUAAUAUGUUUGGACUUGAAGGAUGAAGGUUCUCGGUUUCAGUUUAACAUCUUGUCUAAGUAUCAUGCAUAUUCCUUUUUACCGAAGGAAGCUAUAUCGACUAUGGCUUCGUUGAACAUCAAAAUUGAAUUAUCGGCAACAACAACUAGCAUCAGCUAUUCAAUAAAACCUGAUUUGGCAAUGGCUUUAUUGAGAAGAUUCUUUGAUGCUAAAUUACUUCAUUGUCCCGUGGACCGAACUAGGUCUGAACCCAGUGCCGGUGUUGCUCUACAACCAACGGCUAAGGGAGUGUAUUUGGUGCAAGAUUUUUGUGAAAAGAUUGGAAUGAAUAAACAAAAAAGACCGUUGAUCUUAAAUACCAGUUUCAAUUCAAUGGAUCUUUUCAAGUUUGAUCGAAAUUCAUUGACUGAUCAAAUAAUGUAUUCGGAUUACUUCUUAUGUUUAUUAUUUGUUAAACUACUUGGACCCCGGCCAAAUGUAUGGUCUCCAAAUGACAAGCCGGAUCCUAUCGUUUUUAGAAGUCAAUCUGGCGGAUCCGAAGAGGAUUUUGGUUUCAGCUCGAAUCGAAUUGCGUAUUCGGAUAUGACUAAAGAAGGUUUUAAAGCUGUCACUAAUGCAAGGUUGCAAGUUGUUUCCGAGGAGCCUGCUUCAUCUGAUAAAAAACACAGCCAGAAAGAAAAAGAACAUGUCAGUCCGUAUCACCAUCGAUUCUUCACUAACCCCGAAUCAGAUUCCCAUAUGCAAUAUUACUCUUCUGAAAAGGGUGUUCGCCUUUUCAAGGAUCAGGUUUUCUUUUUUGAUAAUGGCGAAAACAUUAUUGAAAAAUAUUCAUUCACUGGUAAAGCCGUUUGCCAAUGGCUAUGUGACUGUACUGAUAUCAUUAGUAUUCGUCAUGCGAUAGAGAUAUCCCAGUUGUUACUUAAAGCGGGAUUCAUCACUCCAAUUAUGGCUUCUCAGUCUACCUCGCACAAUCUCUAUUUCGGUGCUGAUAGAACCUGUUUUUAUGCCAUUGGACCCAUUGGUGAAAAAGUUUGUCCUUGGUUUCCUAAAAGGCCAACUUUGAAAAACCCUGCUCCAAUCCACUCUCAUUUUUCUAAAAAGGAUCAAAUUAUUGCUAACUCAAACAGCGUCGAUGGUAUAAUUGAUGUUUUGGCAUCUUCUAGCGUCCCACUUUCCAAAUUUGACUUAUAUUCAACAGCAAAUGGUGUUGGAGUUCAACUUGAUAACGAUUCACUGAGUCUGUCGGUUGAGAAUCCCCAACUUGAUUUAAAGGAUAUAAUCAGAGAUCCAGGUAUGAGAUAUCUAUUCCGUCUUCACUUGGAAAAAGAGUUUUGCUCAGAGAACCUCGAUGCAUAUUUACAACUCAAACACUUUGCUAAACUAAUCAAAAAUAUUAGUAAAUUAUUGAAAUUUAAAAACUUGCAUUGUUUAGAUGAUCCCAUUGAAUCCAAAAAAAUUGAUUCAAAAAUAAUGAAAUUGUCAAGCGUCACCUUUUCUUUGGCUUAUAAUAUAUAUUUUACUUAUCUCGGUGCAGAUUCCCCAUUCGUAUUGAAUAUUAUUUCUCAUCUAAGGGAUGAAGCGGCCGCAUUAAUGUUGUCUAAAACCUCAAAUAAAGCUCCUGAUUAUACUAAGACACCUACUGUUCCAAUCCAAAUUGACGAUCAAACUUCUCAAAGAUCACUGAUGGAAUCAAAUAACUUCCCUUCCCCUAAAGUCAAUACGGAUUCAAAAUCAGAAACAAAACUUACUGCUGCCCCUUGCAAAAGAAAUCAACUGCAACCUGUUUCUAUUCCUCCAUCAGAACAUGAUCAAACUGUAGUCCCGCAAGAUAUAUUCAAGGUUGAUACAUCAUCAGAGUCCUCAACAUCUAAUACUUUGACAGAUUAUUUACGUACGUUACUUGAAAUCUCCAAUGUGUUUGACAGAAUAAAUCAACAUAUAUUCCGUUUAAUGGAAACGGAUUCAUUUCCGAAAUUUAUCAACAGUGAUAUUUAUAAAAAUUCAGUUCAAAAUAUUGAAUUUAAAAAGAAUUAA